AUGGCACUGCUGAAGCGGAAGCUAAAAUAUCUUGUGACAGUGAUGAUGAUCAACCUCUUCAUCUUCGUCCUCAUCUCUCGAAACAGCGGCCAAGAUAAAAAUGGACUCGACAAACUCCGCAUUCCCUCCAAGGUCUUCUGGGCCAAACUGGUCCCCAGCUCUGCUUACUGGAACCACCAGCAGCAGAUUUUGGAUAUUCAGAACAGUCCCAUCUUACUGAGAAACUUAAGCAGUGCAGACCUGCCUGACUGGCUCAAUGACACUGCUUUGACCUCUGACCUUUGUCAGCCCAAUUUUAGGGUUACCACUCAGGUGAAGGAUUACAACACUCUACCACACCGCUUCAAGGACUUCCUGCUUUACAUGCGUUGCCGUUCCUAUCCAAUCACAAGAGAUGUGCCAGAGAUCUGCAAAGAGCAACCAUUCUUGCUGCUUGCGGUCAAGUCCCUCGCACCGCACUUUGAUCGUCGCCAGGCCAUUCGUCAGUCCUGGGGACGGGCAGGUGUUAUAGCCAAUAAAACAGUGGUCACUGUUUUCCUCCUUGGUAAUGCCACAUCUGUGGACCACCACCCAGAUCUGUCUGAGAUGAUGCACUACGAGAGCAGCCACCACAAAGACAUUAUCCAGUGGGACUUCCGGGAUUCAUUUUUCAACUUGACUGUCAAAGAGGUCCUGUUUCUAGAAUGGAUUCAGGCUCAUUGCUCUGGCGCACAGUUCAUCUUCAAGGGGGAUGAUGACGUCUUUGUCAACACGCACCGCAUCUUGGACUUCCUCAAGGGUUUAUCAGAGCCCAAAGCCAAGGACCUGUUUGUUGGUGACGUUAUCACAAAUGCAGGACCACACAGAGACAAGAAGGUAAAAUACUUCAUUCCAGAGAGCAUGUACAUAGGUACGUACCCUCCAUACGCAGGGGGAGGGGGGUACCUUUACUCUGGUGACAUUGCUGCUCGUCUUCACAACAUGUCCCACCAUGUAGCGCUCUACCCAAUAGACGACGUCUACACUGGGAUGUGUCUCCGCAAGCUUGGACUGGGCCCUAAAAAGCAUAAAGGCUUUAGGACCUUUAACAUUGAGGAAAAGUACAGGUUAAAUCCCUGUGCAUACAAGAGUUUAAUGCUGGUUCACCCAAGGACCCCACAGGAGAUGAUCCAGAUCUGGUCCUGGCUCAGCAGACCUGACCUCUCCUGCCAAUAACAGCAUUAUGGGUCAUUCUCAAAGGCCAUACUGACCAAUAAUUCCUCUUGAACAGGGUCAUGACUUAAAAUUUGGCAGCUUUAAGUUAAGACGAUCAAAAAAUGGGUCACUUGUAGCCUCAACUUGGUACAAAUGUUGGCUUUGUUUAUUUUUAGUAUUCUAUUUU